UUGUCCAAUUCUUAACCAAUAAGAUAUCAAACUUUAGAUUUCGAUAUUUUUCGAUAUAUUUCAGUAGUUAUUCAUUAUAUAAUAUCAUUCGAUGGUGAAUACUUGUAACCUAAUUUUCCUGACUUAAUUCGUGAAAAUUAUCUUGAUAAAAAUUAAUAAAAGUCAUGUCUGGAAGACCAAUGAAAUUUCCAUAUACAAUUGCUGCAAAAAUAACUCGUUUUCCGUUUCAUCAUUACUUCAUUAAAAGUGAAACAGGUUGGGUAUUCCGGUAUUGGGCAAUUAGUAUACUUAUUUGUGCACCUCUAUGGUAUAAAUUUCAACAAUUAAGUCAUAAUCCAGAAAAUGUUAAAAAAUGGGAUGAGAUCCAUAAACAUCAAUUUUCUGGAGAAAUGCGUCAUUAAAUUAUAUUUGAAAAUAUUGUAGUAAUAUGAAAUGAAAUGAAAAUAUACAAUACUAAAUUAGUUAAUGAAAA